AAAAUCGCUAGAAAUGGCCGACGGCUGACAUUUUCUUCAGCGUAGACGAAGACGAAGUCAUUCAAGGAUCAACAUUUGCUCUCCCAAAUAACACGCACACGACGAAUUAAUUGGUGUUCUACGGCCCUCGAUUCAGUUCACUGCAACCUCCAUUGAUCGAUCAUAAAUAAAUAAGUUAUAAUUUACUGUAUCCAUUCGAUUCUACUAAUUAUUCUGUAGAUUUACUUCAUCCAGUCAGUGUGCGAGCACACGCGGAGGCGCUGAUUGGCUCGGCGGUUGGGAGGAUUCCUAGAUCUCGAAGGAAUAGUAGACACGGAUAGAUCCUUUGCUCUUCGAAUUUGAAUUCCGGCGAUCAAUCAGGUUUGGUUAGUGCAUCAAAUAUUUAUCAUUUUCUUCAGGCAGACAGGGUAGGGUAGUGUUUGUUGGUUUUUGCGAUCUGUGAAGAAAAUAAAAAGUGCUCGUGAGAGGAUACCUGCGAAGCAUCAUGUCUAGAUGAAGUCAGAUCUGUUUGGUUGUACAGAAAUGAAAGACACGCAAAUAUUUCCAGCACCUCGUCAGCGUUUAAAGAAGCCGAGAUGGAUCAUUAUAUUGGUUUCUUUGGUUAGCUUGUUCUUGGUCUGUGCUUAUGUGUAUCCGCCUCGAAAUUCUGCAGCAUGUACUCUUUUCUCAGCUCACAGUUGCAAGGCUUAUCAAAGUUGGAUUCCUCCCGAGCCUGCUAGAGUACUAACUGAUGCUGAACUCGCUUCCCGAGUUGUAAUAAGAGAUAUUUUGGAUAUGUCUCCUACUAUUUCGACUACUACCAAAAUUGCAUUCCUGUUUCUGACACCAGGUGCAUUACCAUUCGAGAUGCUUUGGGAUAAAUUUUUUCAGGGUCAUGAAGGUAAAUUCUCUGUGUAUGUGCAUGCAUCCAAGGAUAAACCUGUGCAUUUCAGCCGUUAUUUCCUCGAUCGGGAGAUUCGUAGCCAGAAGGUAGUGUGGGGAAGAAUCUCGAUGGUAGAUGCAGAAAAGCGGCUAUUGGCAAAUGCACUUCUCGACCCGGACAACCAGCACUUUGUUCUUCUUUCGGACAGCUGUAUACCACUUCGUCGCUUCGACUAUGUGUACAACUAUCUCUUGUACACAAAUAUUAGCUUUGUCGAUAGUUUCGAGGAUCCCGGUCCACAUGGAAGCGGCAGAUACAUCGAGUAUAUGUUACCCGAAGUUGAGAAAAAAGACUUCCGAAAGGGUGCUCAGUGGUUCACGAUGAAGCGGCAGCAUGCAAUUAUAAUCAUGGCUGAUAGCCUCUACUACCGAAAGUUCCGUGACUAUUGCAGACCAGGCAUGGAGAAGGGACGGAACUGCUAUUCUGACGAACACUAUCUUCCCACAUUUUUCCACAUGCUCGAUCCGUCGGGAAUGGCCAACUGGUCAGUGACGCACGUCGACUGGUCUGAAGGAAAAUGGCAUCCGAAAUCGUACAGAGCGCGGGACAUAUCGCUCGACCUAAUUAGAAACAUUUCGUCUAUCACGGAGAGUGUCCACGUCACGAGCAGCGCUCGGAAAGAAGUUCAGAUAAGACCGUGUCUGUGGAACGGCGUCGAGCGACCUUGCUACUUGUUUGCGAGGAAAUUUUUGCCGGAGACGCUCGACGUUUUACUGCAACUUUAUCCGAAUUACACAUCCAUUUGAGCCCCGAGGAUCGAUCGUUUCGGCUUCCCUGCUCGUGUCCCGAUUUCGGACUAAGAUGAAGCCGAAUGCUCGACCCAACCCUGACCCGAACCCGCUGCGCGGUAAAUUAUUUUCGAAUUUUAGUUAUUUUUGGUGGGUGGGUUGAGUUGAGGUAUUAUUUAUAAGGGCAGCCUUUAGCCCUUUGCCAUUUUAUGAAACGUUUUUUUUAUUUUUAUUUUUUGGCUUUUGUACAAAUUUGGAGUGUAAAUGAUAUGAUCAGCUUAAUAUAUAUAUAUAUAUAUA